AUGUUAUUAGAUUUUAAAAUUAGUAGUUUAAAAAUCAGAAUUACUUGGUAAAAUCAUAAAAUUGCUGAAGAAGAAAUAUCCUUUACGUAUAAAAAUUUCAUUUAAUUUUAAUUAAAAAAUUAAAACGUGAUUUUAAUUCACUAAUUUAUUUAUAUAAAUAAUCAAAUAUAUAGGUAAAAUAUUAAAUAUAAAAUUAAUAAUAAUUAAAAAAAUAUAUUAACAUUUUCAAAUAAUAAAUUGAUUGAAUUUUAUACUCAAAAUACAAAUAAAUCAAAUAAUAACAAAAGAACUUAGACUUAUUUAUUAUUGCAAAUUUUAUAUUUAACAAUAACAUAUUUAUAUUUAAUAAAAAUUUAAUAUUUCUAAUAAAGCAAGUUAGCUAUCUUUUUAAUAAUAUUUAUUUAUUUUUAGUCUAAAUAAAUGUCAAUUAUUUACACCUUAAUAGCCAAGGAUAAAAAGACCAUCUUAGUUGAUUUUGCUACUAAUUCAAGCAAUGUUUAAUAGGUUACAUAUGACUUUUUAGAUUAAUUGAAGCCUCUACCAAAAUGCACAUUCACUAGCUCUGAUAGAUUCGUUUUUCACAUUAUUAUGGAAGAAGGAUUUAUUUAUCUUUGUGUAGUAGAAAAUACUUAUCCACCUGCUAUAGCAUUUUAAUAUUUGGAUAAAGUAAAAAAUGACUUUACAAAGCAGCAUACCUUGUAUGAAAGGUAAAAUGGUAUCGCUUAUAGCUUCAAUAACUCCUUCCAAGAAAACCUUAAGAGAUUAACAAAAGAAUUCAACACAAAUCCUGAAGGCUUAGAUAAAGUUUAGAAGCUGAAAAAUAAUACUGAAUAAGUGACUACAGUUAUCAUCAAUAAUAUAAACUUGGCAUUGUAAAGGGAAGCAAUCGUCGAAAAAGCAGUUAUGAAAACUACUAAAAUGAAUGAAUCUUCAAUUCACAUAAAAAAGCAGGCUAAUUAAGCUAGAAGAGAUGCUUAUUGGAGAAAUAUGAGAGUCAAAAUAUUCAUAGCUGCCAUAAUUAUUAUAUUUAUUGCAACUGCAAUUAUACUUCUUUGA